UAGGCAUCUUCCAAAGCCAAAAUGUAUUUUUAAAUUGAAGGCUGCCCUCUGGAAAAAUUUAAAAUAGCUCUCUGUCUGAAGAGAGGUUUAUGAUUAACAGAUAUAUUAUUUGUACUUUCUUCUGGGUCCUGUUAAUUCCCACGUUGGGAUCUUCAAAUUUUCCACUGUGUACUUUUUGUCUGGAGAAAACCUUGGACUAGAGAUAAGAGCAUAUCCAAAAAUGUAUUUCUAGCAGCUCCUGCUUCCAGUCAACCUGUCUGGGCUUGAGGCUGAAUCAAGACCAUGAAGGGCCUGCUGUUUCUCGCCUUUGUUGGGGUGGCUGUUGCCUUCCCCACCAUCGCUGAGGACGAUGAUGACAAGAUUGUGGGAGGCUACACCUGUGCGGAGCAGUCUGUUCCCUAUCAGGUGUCCCUGAAUUCCGGAUAUCACUUCUGUGGAGGUUCCCUCAUCAGCAGCCAGUGGGUCCUGUCAGCUGCUCACUGCUACAAAUCUCGCAUCCAAGUGCAGCUCGGGAAGCAUAACCUGGCCCUGACAGAAUCCACACAGCAGUUUAUUAACUCGGCUAAAGUCAUCCGCCACUCUGGCUACAGCUCCUAUACCCUGGACAAUGACAUCAUGCUCAUCAAGCUUGCCACCCCAGCCCAGCUCAACAAAUCUGUCCAAACAGUUGCUCUGCCGACCAGCUGUGUGGCCACCGGCACCACUUGCCUGAUCUCCGGCUGGGGCAACACACUCAGCAAUGGCAAUUCGUAUCCAGACAAACUGCAGUGCCUGAAGGCUCCUGUGCUCUCCGCCACUGACUGCAAGAACGCCUACCCUGGUCAGAUUACAAACAACAUGAUGUGUGUAGGAUUCCUGGAGGGAGGAAAGGAUUCUUGCCAGGGAGAUUCUGGCGGUCCCGUGGUCUGCAACGGACAGCUGCAGGGCAUUGUGUCCUGGGGCAUUGGAUGUGCCUACAAAGGCUACCCCGGAGUUUACACCAAGGUUUGCAAUUACGUCUCCUGGAUCCAAUCCACUAUUUCUGCCAACUGAGACACUCUCACUCCAUGUGACCUGCUUUUUCUCAUCAUCCUUUCCUCUCUUUUGGGUCUGGACAUACAAACACUAUGAACAAUUAAUAAAGACUUUGAGGCACCCCUA